GCUGCUGCUGCUGCUGCUGUUGCUGCUGAUGCUGAUGCUGGUGCUGAUGCUGCUGUCGGUGCUGCGGAGGAGAGAGAGCAUCUUUGUCUGCACACCGCGGCUCUGGGCUUCCCCGCCUGCCGUCCUCCUUCGACACACCAACAUCUGAUGAGAAGAAAAAACUAUCCUCUCUGAAGACAGAGGUCGCGCGUCCGUCUGCCGCAUUCAUCUGAGCUGUAUAUUUAGGGAUAUUUUCCGCUCCUUCCAUUGUGUUUGCUGUUCUGCUGCUUGGAAUAAUCAAACCCUCCCCGCAGCCUAUCCAUGUGUCGGAUCGCUGGGUGAUGCACAGGAUGCUGGGAUGCUGAAGAGAGUGGAGGCUGCACCUAGGCUGCGUGCCUAGCGAACCCAUGGAAAACUGACAGGAACAGUGCUGGAUGGAGGCCAAGACACUGGAUGGCGAAGACGAGGAAGCACACAGUAUUGUGGAUCAGUUGUGUUUUGUUUGUUCCCUUUCUCAGCCGUUCGAAAGUAGAUGCAAAGCCUUCUGUGCUGCGCCUCAAUCACUGAGAGAUGGCAAAAAGAAUAGACAGUCAAGGCUAAAGCUCAGUGGAGUCGGAGUCUUGUCUCUGCACAUUUUAGUGUGAUAACAAAAACGAUUACGGACGCUAAGUAACAUUUCCUUAUUGAAUUCUGCCCCACGCAGGAGCCACUAGUAGGUAGCAGAUAGGCGACCAUCAUGGGCAGCUGCAGGAGCAAAGUUUCCUGGUUUUUGUUCUUAGUGGGAUUGGUGCUAACGGGAAUUGCUUUGGAAUAUGAGGGAGUUCCUGGUCAGUGGACGCGCUACGGCCAGUGGGACGCCAAGGCGACAGGAGAGCUCACCUUCAUCCUGAAAACCAACAUCAGCAAAGCCCUGGUGCUCUACCUCGAUGACGGGGGGAACUGCGACUUCCUGGAGCUCCUGGUUGCAGACGGGAGGCUCCAACUGCGCUUCACCAUCCAUUGUGCCGAACCGGCCUUCGUCCACACGGAGACGCACGUCAACGACCAGCGCUGGCACCGAAUCCUCAUCGUUCGCGACUACAGAGAGACCAGACUGGUGGUGGACAACGAGGAGAAAGUGGCCGAGGUGAAAUCCAAGAGGAAAGAGAUGGCGGUGGCCAGCGACCUCUACGUCGGGGGGAUCUCGCCCGACGUCCGUCUGUCGGCUCUGACCUCAAGCACCGUCAAAUAUGAACCGCCGUUCCAGGGUUUUAUAUCCAACUUGAAAGUGGGGGAAGCGCUCCCGGUCCUGUUGGACGGCCAAGCCGUGCAUAACGACCUGGAGUACAUAUGCGGUACAUUUUCCCCCUGCAGCAACAACGGUGUUUGCUCCGUCAGCCAAGGAGAGAUCCUCUGUGACUGUAUCAAUACCAACUACAUGGGAAGGUAUUGCCAUGAAGCUGUCCAGAGAGAAGUACAAGGUCUGGCGCACCUGAUGUUAAACCGCCAAGGGCAGCAGGAGUCGGUGGCCACCUUCAAAGGGAACGAGUUCUUCAGCUACAACCUGUCCCAGAGUCCCAUCCAGAGCAGCCUGGACGAGAUCACGCUGUCCUUCCGCACGCUGCAGAGGAACGGCCUGCUGCUGCACACGGGGAAGUCGGGCGACUACGUCAACCUGUCGGUGAGGAACGGCGCCCUGUGGCUGGUCAUCAACCUGGGCUCGGGGGCCUUCGAGGCCCUGGUGGAGCCGGCCAGCGGCAAGUUCAACGACGACGUCUGGCACGACGUGCGCGUGACCCGAAACCUUCGCCAGGUGACGAUCUUGGUGGACGGGAUUCUCACCACCACCGGCUACACCCAGGAGGACUACACGAUGCUGGGCUCCGAUGAUCUCUUCUACAUCGGGGGCAGCCUGAACACGGCCGACCUGCCCGGCUCCCCGGUCAGCAACAACUUCAUGGGCUGUCUGAAGGAUGUGGUCUAUAAGAAUAAUGAGUUUAGGCUGGAGCUGUCGCGGCUGGCUGAGCAGCGGGACCCCAGGAUCAGUAUCCAUGGUGACCUGAUAUUCAGCUGCGAGAGUGUGGAGGCCCUGGAGCCGGUCACCUUCGACACGCCAUCUGCCUACCUGACACUGCCCAGGUGGAACACGAAGAAGACGGGCGCCAUAUCCUUCGACUUCCGCACCACGGAGCCCAGCGGCCUGCUGCUGUUCAGCCAUGGCAGUCUGCAGGGCGUGCAGGGCGUGCAGGGCGUGCAGGGCGUGCAGGGCGUGCAGCCUGCGCAGCCCGACAGGAAGCCCCGCGUCGACUUCUUCGCCAUCGAGAUGUUGGACGGCUUCCUUUACCUGAUCAUGGACAUGGGCUCCGGCAGCAUCAAGAUCAGGGCCGACAGCGACAGGCUCGACGGCGGCGAGUGGUGCCAUGUGGACUUCCAGAGAAAGGGGCGUAAUGGCUUUAUUUCGGUGAACAGCCGGAGCAUCCCCUUCACUGCUAAUGAAGGCAGCGAGAUCCUUGACCUAGAUGGAGACAUGUUUCUGGGAGGUUUGCCGGAAGACCGGCAGGCCCUCAUCCUGCCCCCCGAGGUGUGGACGGCCUCCCUCAACCUGGGCUUUGUGGGCUGCAUGAGGGAUCUCUUCAUCGACGGCCAGAGCCGGAACAUGAGGCGGCUGGCGGAGGUUCAGAGCGCCACAGGUGUCAGCAGCUCCUGCACCAGAGAAACUCACCUGAGGUGCACCAGGGACACGUGUGCCAACGGCGGACACUGCAGAGAGGGAUGGAACCGCCACGUCUGCGACUGCAACAGCACGGGUUACCUGGGCCCCAGCUGUGAGAAGGAGGCCACCACCGUCAGCUACGACGGCAGCAUGUACCUGAAGGUGCUGCUGCCCCGGACGCUGCACACGGAGGCCGAGGACGUGUCGCUGCGCUUCAUGUCCCAGAGAGCCUUCGGCCUGCUGAUGGCCACCACGUCCCAGCAGUCGGCGGACACGCUGCGCGUGGAGCUGGACCGAGGCCGAGUGAGACUCACCGUGAACCUGGAUUGUAUCAGGAUAGACUGUAAUCUCAGCAAGGGACCGGAGACUCUGCUUGUAGGCGAGAAGCUGAAUGACAAUGAGUGGCACACGGUGCGGGUGAUGCGGCGUGGGAAGACCUUGCAGCUCUCCGUGGACAAUGCAACAGUGGAAGGGCACAUGACCGGCGCCCACACCCGCCUGGAGUUCAACAACAUCGAGACGGGGAUCAUGACGGAGCGGCGCUUCAUCUCCGUCAUGCCGUCCAACUUCAUCGGCCACCUGCAGGCGCUGUCACUCAACGGGAUGCUGUACCUGGACCAGUGCAAGAACGGAGACAUCUCCUACUGCGAGCUGAACGCGCGCUUCGGCAUGAGGCACAUCGUGGCCAACCCCGUCACCUUCCUGACGCAGGCCAGCUACCUGGCCUUCUCCACGCUGCAGGCCUACGCCUCCAUGCACCUCUUCUUCCAGUUCAAGACCACCAGCCCCGACGGCUUGAUCCUGUACAACUCCGGGGAUGGAAGUGACUUCAUCGUGGUGGAGCUCGUCAAAGGCUACAUCCACUACGUGUUUGACCUGGGAAACGGACCGUCGCUGAUGAAGGGCAACUCUGACAAACCCCUCAACGACAACCAGUGGCACAACGUGGUGAUCUCCCGCGACAGCAACAACGUCCACGUCCUGAAGAUCGACUCCCGCACCGUCACCCAGCACGCCAACGGAGCCCGGAACCUGGACCUAAAAGGGGAGCUGUACAUCGGCGGUGUCGGGAAGAGCAUGUACAACAGCCUGCCCAGGCUGAUAGCGUCCCGGGAAGGAUACAAAGGCUGCCUGGCAUCUGUGGACCUGAACGGCCGACUCCCCGACCUGCUGGCAGAUGCCCUCCACAAGGUGGGCGAGGUGGAGCGCGAGUGUGCAGGUCCCAGCACAACCUGUACAGAGGACUCAUGCCACCACCAAGGUGUGUGUCUGCAGCAGUGGGAGGGCUUUUCCUGUGACUGCACCAUGACCACCUAUGGGGGACCUUUCUGCAGCGACCCCGGGACCACGUAUAUCUUCGGGAAAGGAGGGGCGCUCAUCACGUUCACCUGGGCCCCGAACGAGCGGCCGAGCACGCGAGCCGACCGCUUGGCUCUGGGCUUCAGCAGCCAGCAGAAGGACGCCGUUCUGGUGCGCGUGGAGAGCACCAGCGGCCUCGGAGACUAUCUGCAGCUGCACAUCGAUCAAGGAAAGAUCGGUGUCAUCUUCAAUGUGGGGACGGACGACAUCACCAUCGAUGAACCCGCUGUCAUUGUAAAUGAUGGCAAGUACCAUGUUGUGCGCUUCACCCGCAGCGGUGGCAAUGCCACUCUCCAGGUGGACAACCAUCCUGUAAUUGAGCGUUUCCCGCCAGGACACUAUGAUAAUGAGCGACUGGCUAUUGCUAGGCAAAGAAUCCCAUACAGACUUGGUCGGGUAGUAGACGAGUGGCUACUCGAUAAAGGGAGGCAGCUGACCAUCUUCAACAGCCAGGCGGCCAUCAAGAUCGGCGGCCACGACAAGGGCCGGCCCUUCCAGGGCCAGAUCUCGGGGCUGUACUACAACGGCCUGCAGGUGCUGAAGCUGGCCGCAGAGAACGACCCCAGCGUGCAGGUGGAGGGCAACCUGCGGCUGGUGGGGGACUCGCUGUCGGUGCUGACCACGGACACCACCGCCGCCACGCCGCUCUCCGUGUCCGACAUGUCCACCACCAUCAUGGAGACCACCACCACCAUGGCAACCACCACCACCCGCAGGCAGCGCUCGCCCAGCCUGAGGGAGAGCAUCUCAAAGCCCCAGAGCUCUGAUGAUAUUUUAGUGGCCUCGGCUGAGUGCCCAAGUGAUGAUGAGGACCUGGAGGAGUGUGAACCAGGAACAGGGGGUGAAUUAGUCUUGCCUAUAAUAACGGUGGACUCCCUUGAGCCCCCAUCCAUCGCCACCCGUUACCCCGUGCUCCCUCCGCCUACCCUCCUCUCCCCUCUUGAAACCACCAAAGAGUCCCUGAUUCUCCCCCCUCACCCCUCCUGCCCCCCGGACCAGGAGGACUGCGGUGACCCCGUGGAGGUCUCGGCCUUCGGCUCAGGGGAGAUGACGGAAUCGGACGACGAGGACUUUUACAAUAAUAACUCCCCCGUGGUCACUGACAGGACAGUCCUUCCGCCACCUCCCGCCGUCGGCGAGGGUGGGGUCCAGAAAUCCCGCCCCGUACCUCCUUUUGUUCCCACCACCAACCCUGACCAGAUCCACAUCCCCGCAGGCAAAAUGAACACCCGCGACCAGGUGCUCCUGCCCCCCGCUCCCCCGUCCUCCCGAAACACACCGGGACUAACUUACCCUCCCAAUUUUCCCCAUGUGCCCACAGCCAACCCCACCACCUCCGACGAAAAGAGCCAGCACGGCGACGUGGAGGUGAUCAGGGAGUCCAGCAGCACCACCGGGAUGGUGGUUGGCAUCGUGGCUGCUGCUGCUCUCUGCAUUCUUAUCCUCCUCUAUGCCAUGUACAAGUACCGCAACCGGGACGAGGCCUCCUACCCGGCGGACCAGGGCCACAGUUUUGCCAACAACUCCACGGCGGAGGGCAACGGAGCCGUGGUCAAGGACAAAAGCACGCCGACGGCCUCCGUGGCAAAGACCAGCUCCAAGGGCAAAAAGAACAAAGACAAGGAGUACUACGUCUGAAAAACCGGAGACGGAGAACCGGCAGGUGCGGACGGACUGAGACUUAGAGGAGGACGGAGGAUUGGUUCUGUCUUGCUGACUUUCAGAAAAAAAAAGGAAAAAAAAAAAAUCACAGGCCAUUAAAAAAUAUCUGCACAAAGCAAAUAUAGAUUGCUUUUACAUGUUUCAAAAAGUCGCUCAGCUCCCAAUGAUGGUUAAUUCUUCUCGAUGGCGCAAGACCUGACUCGUCCUCUGUGUCAAAGAUGUACACUCGAUCUGCAUUCACCGAUUCUUUGUUAGUGUAUCUUUUUUAUGUUUCUACUAGCUAGGAGGAAGAAUAUCCACUUUGGCUUUGUAUAUAGCAUGGAUAUGGUACUGUGAAGAAAGCGCUGAGAACAUCCGGUUUCUUUGGACUUCUUUGUAAUGCCCUAUCCCGAGUCUCAAUGUCCCCAGUACGAUACAUGAGGCAGAACAGGCCAGUUAUUGAAUUUUUAUGGUAGAUGAGCAGAGAGGCACCCCGGCAAUCAUCCUGAGCACACUCCAAGAGAAAGCCUUUACUUGGAACAGACAUCACCUCUGCAGCCUCCGUGUUAUUUUGUGUGGUUUUAAAAGUCCCCCCAAUCAUUCUGCGUCUGUCCAGAGGAGAUAGUGUUACGGUGCUGAUGGAGUGUUGCCCUGUAAAAACCAGGCAAGAUAUUCGGCUUGUGAAAAAUUCUGAAUCUUUAAAGUGAUGGGAAAGAAAAAAAAAAAGUCACUCUCCAUCCUGCAAUCAGUGCAUCCUCUGGUGUGAUGGAUCAGAGACAUUACUAACGUGAGAUAGUGCCGUCAGUGUGCCAUGCCAUUCCAAGUAGGGAUAAAUGUGACCAGGUCAGCCAGUGAACACCAGUGAAGGCGUCUCUGUAAACAUGUAUAUAUAGAGGUUAGCAGACUGACGAGGCAGGGAAGAGAAAUAAACAUCCGAGAUGCGUGGUCCCCCCUCCCCGCCCGCCACUUUUCAGUGUUACAGUUGAAGGAGCUUUGAGGAGCACAGAUUCACAUUUACCAACGUAUUUCGGAUGGCUGCUUGGAAGCGCACCUCGCCAGGGGCUCCUUCACUCUCCAGCUUUUAUUUUCUCUGAGCUGUCAUUGGAUAAUUCAAAAGCACACAUCAAAUGUAAACAUCUCCGAGACAUAGAUACUCCUUGUAAAGCAGCAAAAUGUGUAUUCUUUUUUUUUUUCUCUAUCAGUUAUCAAAAGACUAUUCUAUGAAAUGAAUAAUUGAAAAUUUGUGAAUUGUAUUGAUAUUUCUCUGAUAUUUCAAUGUAUCUUGUUACCACUCUUCUUAACGCAUUACAUUUUUGAUUGCCUUCCACUUUAAUCUGGACAAAAAGCACACUCUCCUCAGAUAGCUGCAAAUAUCUUCUGUUUUUUGGAUUAUUUACCGUUCAUAUUAUGCAGAGAAAAACACAGGGAUGAAACAAAGCAAUGGUUUGUUUUGUUGCAUUGUGCAUUUUAUAUGUGCUGAAUCUGUUACUCGAUGGAUCUGAUGAUAUAAAGCCAUUUUCUCUGUUGAGUUCUUUAUUCAUGCUCUGUGAUCUCCUGUUAUCUUUUUUCUUUUUCUUUUUUUAUGAAAGUGCCAUUCAAUACGAGCCGCUCGGCGCUCAGAAAAUAUGCCAUUCUUCACCCAUUGCUAUUGUAUAGUGUUCAUGUGAAAUGGAUCUUAAUAUGUGUACAGAACGUGGAUAAAGAUGAAAAUACACUUGAUUAUAUACUUUGUACAAA